AUGUCAUCCAUUUACGAUCUAUCCGUUCUUGAUGGCGGGGGCGUGGCCCUUCGGUCGAGUAUCAACGACUCCGCGAUGCGCGAAUUGGCUAACGGAGGCCUCCCUUUCGAUGUCUUCCUCCAUAUCCUUUCCUUCAUACCCAUGCGCGAGCGCACGACCCUCAUGUGGCAUCUCAGAGCCUCGGCGCCAUACUUUGCGAUCGCGUUCGAUGUACAGCCGAAGCUGUGGAUGGAUGUCUUCUCGGGUCAGGAGCUUGACUUCGAACGGGACGCCAUCAAUCGCUACGUCUUCGGACUCUGGUUGUCCCUUGCCGCCAUCAAUCGCCGUCUACGGAGUACUGUCACCACCACACACGAACCUCGCGACCUCAACUACACGCUAGGUCUUCUUCCUGACGAAGCUUGGCCUCACGCCACCCGUCUCGAUGUGGCUAUUCCUACGGAUGACCGAUUGACGGAUGACCUCGGAGGACUUUUAGAUCUUGCAUCCAAUGCGUUGGAGAUCACGCUAGCCAUCGACGUCUUGAAUGAGCUUAACGUUGUUGAAGACGACGACAGAGCGGCUUCAUUGUAUGAUAUUCUGCUUACCACACCCCGCCUUGAGACUGUGGAGGUGCGCGCAUCUGCCGGUGUUUUGUUAUCUGAGAGGUUUUGGUCCUUCCCUCCUCCCGAUCCUUCGUCUUCAAUCUUGGUUCCACAUCUUCAACAUGUCGUGCUCGCGGGCGAUGCUCAGCAAACCCCUUCCGCCUACAAUUACUUGGUUGAUCCUUCGAUUCGUCCUCUUACGUUCGUGUCUUUUCUUCUUUAUUGCCAUUCGAAUGUUAUUGGUGUUCCAUAUCCUGACCUCGCCCUUGUACCUCCCUUUCGCGAAGCGGUAUUGUUCACAUGCGAUACCCUUUUCUUUGUUCCAAAUUUUUUCGGUAUCGCUUGUUCUCGCAUUGGGCCUUCGGGACGGAGAUUGGCCAUGGAGGGUCAUUGGGAGUUCAUCGACAUAGGAUUUAGCGGCUGGACGAGAGAGGACAGGAGGCGUGCCUUUGAGUCGUACCUAGACGGCAUCCAGGCGAUAGUGUUUGAACGACGGCCGCCGACCGUAGGUUUAUUCGACACGAACUUCUGCUUCGGUAUUCGCAUCAUGUCAUAUCCUCCUUGGGACUGGCUUUCGACGUUCGUCUGCGAUGGCGACGAUAUCUUUUUGGAAAGGAUACUUCAUUAUAUCUAUCAUCGUCCAGAUCAGAUGCCGUUACUUGAAAAUCUUCGAUACCGUUACAAUCAGGGGGUCUAUAGUGACGAGGUUCGGUUGCACCUGCUUUCGAUACUUCGCGUUAUCACCAUCCCUUCGUUCAACGAGCCUUCUGAUCGGGAGUUGAAAGUGCAUUUUGAAGUUAGUACCCAUGUUAGCUUCGAGGUCGAGCCAUAUAUUACUAUGUUUACUUAUGUAUUCUGUUUUCUCGAUCCUUCUCUUUCGCGUCUAGUAUAG